CCAUCAUGAGUGAGGUGGGUCCAAGAAGGCCCCCCCAGGACCAGUCCUCGGGGAGUGGGCACACAGUGACCACGUCACGUCACCCCUAUAUCACAGACCCCAUCGCCUCCAAGCACGUCUGCUUCUACAAGAGCGGUGACCCUCAGUUCAGUGGCCUGCGCAUGGCCAUCAACAGCCGCACCUUUAAGACCUUCGAUGCCCUCCUGGACAGCCUCUCCAAGAAGGUCCCGCUGCCGUUCGGAGUGAGGAACAUCACCACCCCGCGGGGUGUCCAUGCGGUGCACACACUAGAUGAACUGGAAGAUGGGAAGGCCUACAUCUGCUCAGACCAGCGGAAGGUCAAACCCAUCAACAUGGCAGCAGCCAGUAAGAAGCUUCCGCCCUGGUACCAUGCCAGGCCCAUGAGCGCCCGCCGUCGGGCCUUGCAACUGGCCAAACAGAACCCUGGCAGGCCCAUGCGCAAAAAAAAAUCUGUGACUGUGCGCACACCUAAGAGGCUAAUGGUGUUUCGGAAUGGGGACCCAAGUGUCAAGCACAAUAUGAUGCUACAGAAGAGGACCACUCCCACCUUUGAGGCGCUGCUGGAUUACGUGUCCGAGUUGAUGCACUUUCCUGUGGUCAAACUACACACACCGGAUGGAAGAAGGGUCGAUGGGCUCCCUGCUCUGAUUCUAUGCUCUGGUAUUGUAGUAGCUGCCGGUCGGGAGGCCUUUAAGUCUGCAAACUACAAGACACAGAGAUCUUCUGCUCCAACAUGGCUUCCUGCCAGACGAAUGGCAUCUAAAAGACUAAAACAACCGGCACCCCGGAAAAAGAAGUCCGUGUCCAGCAGCAAAUCACAUCUUUUCUCCUCAUCGUCAGAGAGAUACUUUGUGAAUCAGAUACACCACUCCGUUGCAGGAAGUCAGUGUGACCUCCCCAGUAACAACACGGGAUCUGUGGUGCUGGAGGCUGGCCAUUUUCUGGAGUCAGUUGCCGAAACGGACGCCGACACCUACAACGGACAUGAAGGGGCAGACAAUAUGCCCGGUGAUGAUGACAUUGAGAAGUCCUUUCGGGUGAACCAGGAUGGCAGCAUGACGGUGGAGAUGAAGGUACGACUGACCAUCAAGGAGGAGGAGACCAUCCACUGGACCACCACCCUGACCAGGUCCAGUGUGGCCAGCCAGCUCAGUGUGGCUGAGUCUGAGCUGGAGAUCAGAUCUCCUGAGUCCAAUGCCCUACCACCAACACAACCCAACACCAUGGGCACCAUCAAUGGGUACAAUGCUAAAAAGGAUGAUCAUGAUGAUGAGGAUGAUAUGUCUCCAGAGGCCAGUGGACUUACCAGUGUGGAAGGAGAUGAUGAGGAUAAUUCUAAAAUACAUGUCAGUGAGGUCUCUCUCAGGAGGGCUCCUACCCCAGGACCCAGGAGAUCCAGACAGAAGCAGGCCUCAUUGGAGAACAUCAACACACCAUCAGGAGAUGAGAUUCAGGAGAACAUUGUGGGAUCAUACUCCUACAGAGAGACAACUAAGAAUGGAGAGGUCAAAGAGGAGUACUGCAUGGUCAGACAAUGCAGCAGCAGGCCAGUCCCUAAACCACGGAGAGUUGGCUCUAUGGAUAUCAACAAUUACAAUAAGACUCAAUCCACUUUUAAAUCAGGGGCGGCUGAGAUCUUACAAAUCCAAAAUGGCGAGGAGGAAGUCAGAGAAAGUGUAAUGCAGAUAUACGAGCAGCAGACCUGUCAGGACAAUUUCCUUGCUAACAGCCAGUACAGUGUCCAGGGUGUGUCCACGUAUGGUCUGAUGUAUGGGAGACCAGCCACCUCGGAAACAGCCCGCUUCUCCUCUAGUAAUGACUUAGAGAUGGAGCUGGAAAGACUCUCUACAGCCUCAGAGUCAAUCAGCAUGCGGAGGGCUGACCAGUCUCUGUCAUCUGACUUCACCAUACCCACAUUUAAGGCUGGAGGAUCUGUCCUAAGAAACAGGGUACUAAAUGUCCAUAAAACCAGUCUCUCCAAGCCCACCAAAGACAACGAGACCCCAAAGUUGGUCUCUGAAGCAAGCAAAGAAAAUUCCACCACUAAAGCUGUAAAGAAAGCCAAGAAAAGGUUCUCAAAGCCCAAGUUGAGAAAGUACCAGGUUCGUAAGAGUACAACACCAGACAAAAGACGUAAAGAGAGUAGUGCAAAUAGUCUUGAAAACAAUAAAAGAGUGAAAACUGGGGGGUUUAGCCGCAAUGCAUCGAUAAGGAAAAUUUAUGGACCAAAACCUGCCAGAAGUCGAAUGAAAAAUAAACUAAAAGGAAAGGAAAUCAAAUUAAAUAUUGAAAACCCAAAGGAAUUGUCAGUGAAAGAACUAAAUGUUAGUGAAAAUGGAAAUGAAACGUCAGUUUCAGUAAAGAAGAAAUUAUUGCACGUUUCAUUUCCUACGGAGGCCCAGGGGAAGGGAACAAUGAAAAGGCAGAGGUCCAUGCAAGAGGAGAGAAGAAUUGCGAAAGAGUGUCAUGAUUUGUCACUGCCUGCACUCCUUUCGUCCUCUUCUAACAUCAACGAAUAUGUUGAGAACUGGCUAGAGAAAGCCCUCCCAACUGUCUACCCAGACCCAGUGGAGGAAACUCUAAAUGUGGAGACACCAACAAUGUCUCAGGUAGAAACUGAGGGGGACAUUGUUCCAGACGUGUCAGAAAUCAAUUGUGAAAUGGACAUUGAAGAAGAUGAGUCUUGUUUUUUGAAAGAAAAAACACAAAUACCAAGUAGUCCAUCUUUGGUAACAGCAGCAUUUCCAAAUAGAACAUUUGAAAAUAUAGCAACACAGACAAACCUGACUAUGGAAAACACAACAAUACCAUGUCCUUCUGACCCAUCAUUGCAAAAUACCCCAUUACACAUUCAUACUAUACAGGAAAGGUUGCCCACUAAUCCCUCAGCUGAAAAUCCACCUCUCUCCAACGGUUUCUCUGUCUUUCCUCCUGCAAUAAUCUCGUUAGAAAAGCCAUCACCCUCUGACAGUCCUUCGUUGGAACAAACAUCAAUGCCCAUAAAGAUCUCAGUAGAGAAGCUACCAAUCCCAAAUGAUCUGUCAUUGGAAAAUACAUCAGUACCAAAUAGCUCCUUAAAAGAGAAGAUCCCAGUCUCAAACUGUCUCUCGCCUGAGAAGACACCACUGCCUGCUAAAACACAAACAGAGAAGACACCACUGCCUGCUAAAACACAAACAGAGAAGACACCACUGCCUGCUAAAACACAAACAGAGAAGACACCACUGCCUGCUAAAACACAAACAGAGAAGACGCCAUUGUCCAACAAAGUCUCAGAUGGGUCUUCAGUAGCUAGUAGUCCCUCAUAUUUAAUGUGUUCAUCACCUAGUAGUUUAGGUGAUGAAGAACAACCCUUAUCAAGCAGUCCUUCAUCAGACGAGGCUCCGUCAACGAAUGGCCAUGUAUUUGAAAAGACAUUGUUCAACCACUCCACUCUGAAAGAACCACCAUCGCCUAAACUCGCAACAAAAAAGACACGAUUGCUCAGUAAUCUCUCCCUGGAAAAGCAACUAUCAUUCAGGAAAGCCUCAGCUGAAAAGUCUUCAAUAUCCAGUUAUCCUACUGUGGAAAAGGUGUUGGUGGAUAAGGCACCAAUCUCCAAUGGUCUCUCAUCUGACAAGACAUCACAUCCUGCUAAAAUCUUAAUAUCCAACAAUGUCUUAAAUGAGGCUUCAUUAGCUAGUAGUCCCUCAUGUUUCAUCUCGACAUCACCUACUAAUCGCACAUCAGAUGAAAGAGCCUUAUCAAUCCCCCCCUCAUCAGAGGAGGAUCUAUCACCCACUGGCCAUGUAUUGGAAAAAACAACAUUGUUCAACCACUCCACUCUGAGAGAAACAUCAUCACCUAAACUCCCAACGAAGAAGACACGAUUGAUCAGUAAUGUCUCCCUAGAAAAGCAACUAUCACUCAGAAGAUUGUCAGUGGAUAAGUCUUCAUUGUCCAGUAAUCCUACUUUGGAGAAGGCCCAGUUAUCAAACCCUGUCCAAAUCACAAUAGACAAAACACAACUACCGAACAGCCACUCAUUGGAAGAGACAUCGCCACCAAAUAAGUCUUCCUUACCCAGUGACUCCACUUCAGAAAAUACCCAAUUAUCUAGCAGUCCUCAACAAGGAAGGACACCACUACCAAGACAUAUCUCUUUGAAAACACAAUUGCACAACAAUUUUUCACCUGAAAGAACAAAUUUACCCACUCUUAUGACGAGGAAUAAGUCAGCUCCCAGUAAUCUCUCUUCAGAAAAGAUACCAGUACCUAGUAAUCGCACAUUGAAAAAUAGACUGUCACCAUAUUCUCAGACUUUGGAAAUAGUGUCACCACCUACGAGACUCAAGGCAAAAAAAAAGCCAGUAUCUAGAAAUCACUCUCUGGAAAUCGAACCGUCCCCAGUAAGUCCCACCUUGAAAAGGACACCUCUACCAAGGAAAGGCCGCCAAACGCCAUUAUCGCCUAAGUCAACGCCAGUACAUCUCAAUUCCUCCAUGAAGAAGACACCAACACCUCCCAGUCCCGCUUUGGUGAAUCACGAAGAGACAAAUGGUGAUGAUAACCUGAGCAAUUCGGAUCAGGGAGACAGUACAAAAGUAACAGCAGAGGAGCCUCUAACGAAAGCACAGAUACCAUCAUACAGAGAACAACUACCUCCCCAGCCAGACAUGAAACCUGUGCUAGAGAAGCUCUAUUUCUCAAUUCGGUCAAUUAGACAAAUCACACACAACAAUCGUCCAUCUUGUCUUGAAAAGUCAAACAGCUUACCCGAUUUCUCCUCCCAUGUGGCCUCUACAUUUGGGUCAUCCUCCAAAGCUCUCCUGGCAUUCUUAUCUGUUAUUACCUUAAAGGAAAGCUUCACUAACUGGAACAUACCUGAAUUGAAUGCAAACAGUGUAAGCUGUGCUGAGGCUUUGAAAAUGAUAGAGUCUCUGAGAGAAAUUGCCAACAUAGAGGAUGCAGAGGAGUUGAAAGCUAGCCUGUCAGAUUUGCAAAAGUCUACUUCCUCACAACUGCUGCAAAGUUGGAAGGGCUUCCAGGAACUCAAUGACAAAGUCAGAAGUCGCAGCUCAGCGCUGAACAGUUCAGAGCAUGAUCUCUUGUUUGAGACACACCCAGUGGAGGACUACAACAUUAAAGAAAAAGCACUGGAUAUCGAUGAGCUAAUAAAUGAGCUUGAUGUGCCAGAAAAGGUCAAGGAAGCAUUGGCAGCCCUUUCAACAGGGGUGAGCAUGAGCAUGGAUGGUAAUGAAAUAAACAUUUCUAAAAAAGCUAAUGAAAAAGUGGAGUCAUCCCCAGAGGGAAAGGUAAAUGCCAAUUCAACCGCAGUCCCUAAGGAAGAGGCUGAAAAAGAUCAUGUGCUUAAUAAAGAGGCUACUGUUGAUGUUAAAUCCAUCAUUAAAACAUUUACAAAUAUUCACCAUCCCAAAGAGGUGGCUGAAAAUACAGUGUCACCAAUCCCAGAGAGCCCAAGCAGUAGGCAAGAGCAGUACUUCUCCUCAAAAGAACACAGCUUUAAAGAGGAUUAUAUUUGCCACAGAAACAGACAGGCAGCAAAUAAGGAAGGUGCUGAACUUGAGCAGGACAACUGGGAAGAAGAGGAGGCUAAAUGUACAUACAAACAGGUUAACCAUGAUGAAGAACAGACAUCCUCAGAGAUAGAGCAAGCUUACAGUUUAGUAUUGCAUGAUGGCUAUUUGGACAAGCCAGCCUGUUCUGUGGAGGCUAGAGAGAAGGAUGGGGACAUACAAGCAGGCUAUGUGGAGGAGAAAGAAAGCUUGAAGAAAGAGCAAGAAUACUACAUUGAGAACCCACCAAGUCAUGUGGGGCAGGAGGUUACAUCUAUGGAGCUGCAGGUCAGCUGUAAGGAAUGCAUAGAAAAAGACCACGCUAGCUCAGAGGAAGAACAGAAAUGUCAUGUUGAGGACCAAAUUAGCCAUGUGGAGUCAGAAAGUAAAUAUGUUGAGGAGGAAUGGUUGAAGGAAGAGCAACAAUGUCACAUAGAUGAUCAGCCAAGCUAUUGUGGGCUGCAGGUUAGCCGUGAGGAAAGAGAGUCCACCCCUGAGGAGCAGGCUAGCUCAGAGGAAGAAUCUGAGUGUCACAUAGGCCAAAACCAUGAGGACCCAGAGGCCAAAUGCUUGGACCUGCAGGAUAGCAGUGAGAACGGAAAGUCCACCCCUAAAGAAGACCAGGCUAGCUCAGAUGCAGAGCUGGAACGUCAUGUUGCGAGCAAACCAACCCAUGAAGAGCCUGAGGUUAAAUGUACAGAUGUAAAGGUUAGCAGUGAGGAAAACAUGUCUAGUUUUGAAGAAGAUCAGGCUAGCUUAGAGGAAGAGCUCAAAUGUCACAUUGAGAACCAACCAAGUCACGAGGAGAAAGGGGUUAAAUGUACAGAUGUAAAGGUUAGCAGUGAGGAAAACAUGUCUAGUUUUGAAGAAGAUCAGGCUAGCUUAGAGGAAGAGCUCGAAUGUCACAUUGAGAACCAACCAAGUCACGAAGAGAAAGGGGUUAAAUGUACAGAUGUAAAGGUUAGCAGUGAGGAAAACAUGUCUAGUUUUGAAGAAGAUCAGGCUAGCUUAGAGGAAGAGCUCAAAUGUCACAUUGAGAACCAACCAAGUCACGAGGAGAAAGGGGUUAAAUGUACAGAUGUAAAGGUUAGCAGUGAGGAAAACAUGUCUAGUUUUGAAGAAGAUCAGGCUAGCUUAGAGGAAGAGCUCGAAUGUCACAUUGAGAACCAACCAAGUCACGAAGAGAAAGGGGUUAAAUGUAUAGAGAUGCAGGUUAGUAGAGAGGAAAGAGAGUAUACCCCUGAAGACGACCGGGCUAGCUUAGACGAGGAAGAGGAAAACCGUGCAGACAACCUUCCCAAUGCAAAUGCACACAUUAACGUGAAGGAUGAGCAGACUCACUUAUGGAUGAAGCAGACUACUGAAAAGGAAAUAGUGUCUACUGUCAUAGAAAUGAAGCCUAGCUUGGUCAAACAGCAUUCUAGCGAUGACAGGAUGGAUAAGGACAGCGGAAAGGAUAGUGAGCAGCAUGUUAGCUUUGAACAAAAGUCUGAUACUGUAGAAGAAGCCAACGUUGAGGAUAAUCGGCGUGGCACAGAGAAGAAGCAAGUACGCUGUGAAGAGAAGCUGCCUAGCUCUGAGGCAGAACAUGUUGGCAUAAAGGAUGAGCCAUAUACAGAGGAUGAGAGUUAUGCAGAGUAUGAGGAAAGCUUCGUAGAGAAACAGCCGUUUGAGGAGGAUACGAAUUACGAAACGACUGAGGCAAAAACAACCAACCGUUUUGAGGAACCAUUACCAUCUGUAGCAGAGCGAGUAAAACUACUGGAUAAGAAGAUUGCUGAUGUAGAGCAAAGGAAAAGCAUUACAUUAGAGACAACUGGCAUCAAACCGUUUGCCCACAUAAAGGCUCCCGCUUUCACAUAUGGCGAUGAUUUAACAAGCGUAUCCCAUCUAUCUAAUGAACAAGCCGAGCUUGUGGAGGAAGCAUCUGAGAUGCAAACAACCAAUUAUGUUGUUAAGGAUGUCAAAGAGCAAGACAAAGCUCCUGUGCACACUUGUAAAAGGACAACGUGGCCUAUAAUAAAUACAUCAGAAACUGUAGUCAUGUCCCCCCCAGCUCCACAAUCCUCCUCGCUAGCAUUUAGCUAUGAUGGCUGUAUAACUAGAGAGCCUGAGGGAAAUAGGGUCAAGAAAAUAAAGGAAAUGUUUAUGGCAAAAAGCAUUGUGGACAUUCAGUAUGGACAAACAAGACUAACCAGCCCAAACAGCUCAGAUCUGUCUGACAACAGACCAGGGACUUCUGACGGUAGUCAUCGAUCACUGACGUCAACUGAGAUGUCCAGUGGUGAGGAUGAUUCUGUGAAGAAAUCCAUCACGAAAGGCUUUGUCAGGAGAACUAUUGAAAGGCUUUAUGGGAAGAAAGAUACAAAUGAAAAAGUCCUUGCCAGUGAAAGUCAGCCAAUAUCUGUCCCAAGACCAAAGUCCAGAGAAUUUCCUGGUAAGAUCAGCCUUUCCCCAUUCCAUAAUGCACGGACCAAAGUAAUGUUGGACUUAUCAUACUUCAAUGCCACAAGCUCUUUUGACACAUACAGUGAGCCAACGCGGUGUAUCGCCUUCAAUACACAGGUCGGGCCUGGAGACUGUGUCCCGAUAGAAGAAAACAGGUGGCUCCUCAGAGAGUGCGUGAUCAGAAAGUCUGUCUCAGAGCCUAUUAAUAUUUACAAGAACACAUCUGCGUUAACGGAAGAUGAGUGCAAAGAUGCAAAAGAAGAUGUUCCAUACUCCCUUUUCGGCCACACCGAUCGGGAGGACAUGGUGAAGACUGUGAAACCUUUUGUGGCAAAGUGCACCUAUUUCAACCUGCCUCAUGGCUGUGACUCAGACCCGUACCAGGAUGACCUAAGUUCUGUCAGCAAGGGCAGUGCCAUGGGUGACAUCUCGAAGGACAGUAAAGACAAUGCAGAGGAACCCAAGUUGUGGGCUGAGAAGAAUGGAACCCUGCCAGAUUUUUCCCCUACUGACUUCAAGAUGCCAGAUAAUAAAGUGCACCCUCUGAUAGAAGGCCCGGGAGGUGGAAAGGUUGUGGUGGUCCAGCCUGGCAAAGGUCAGUCUGGCAAAGGUCAGACAGAUGUCAAGAAAAUUCCACAGGAGCCAGAUGCACUAGAGAUGCUCUACUUCUCAUGUGGCCAGCACUGCCCCAUCCUUUGACUGUGACACUUAAAUAUGGGCUCUCUGCUAAAGUCAGCUUAUUACGGAGGGCAAGGUACAAAGAGAUGUCGUAUAUUUCUUUAAGAUGGAUAAGACUCAGUGUGUCCUGUGGGAUAAAGUUAUUAAUGAAUACUUUGUGCCUGAACAUUAACGUUGCCACUAUGAUGGCUUAUACAGCAUGAUAUCGUAACACAUUGUAAUGGAUUGUUAAGAAAAUAUACAUUUUACAAUAACUUAGGUGGAAUAGACAACAUUAAUGGGUGAAACUUAUUUCACUAGUUUUUUCUAUAUCACGUGAAUUGUACAAUUUUCAAAAAACAUUUUACUCAGCAAUCUGUUAUGCCAUGUUCAACUUUUAAUACCUUUUAAAAUAUUCUGUAAAUAUUGCAUCUGUACAUAUUUUUACAAUAACACCUUGACUGUGUAUUUUCUGUGUACUGUGUAUUUUCCACCAUCCAUUGGCACUAGUUAGGUGGGCUGUCCUAAGAAUGAGCAUCCUGUGCAUUACUGUAAUCUUGUUUAAAAUGCUUUAAACAGAUCAGGUCCUCACUGAUGUCACGCAAUGGCAAUCCCCUUCACUCAAAACCUAACAUGCCUCUGGGUCGUACCACAAAAUCAGUGCCUUUUGCGUCCCUUUGAUAUAGAAACUGUGCACAAAGAUAGAAUUUAAAAGUCUGCUAUAUUAAAUAAAGUUCCCUUUAAUGUAGACCACAUAGAAAAUUCAAUAAAUCCGAUUUUUAAAAAUAUGAAUAAAGGUUAUUUAUUUCAUGGGAUUAGUGAUUCAUUUUAAGAUAAAAAAAAAAAUACAAAAAUUGUCCCUCUUAAGGUGAGCCCUAUAAUGGGAACUCAACUCAAUAU